AUGGUAGCAAUAACGCCCUCAUCAAGAGGCAACAACAACGUGGCUGGGAUGACGGCGACAGGAGGCAAUGGCAAUAUGGGCACGAGCUCUUCCAAGCUAAAUGUGGUCCACCCGCAAGGCCCAUGCUCAUCUUGGACACGCCAGUACAAACCAUCACAUGUGGAUCUCUUCCAUCAGGACCAAGCCCGUGUUGACUACAUCAAUCACCAGGCUGCCAACACCACCACUCACCUCAACCUUGUUGGUCGCUCUCUUUUUGCAGGAGUUCCAGCAAUUUUUGGUGCAUCUAUUGGUGUCUUAAGCUAUAUCGUCAAUAUAGGACUUGGCACCCCUACCAAGAACUUUACAGUUACAUUUGACACUGGUAGUGAUCUCACCUGGACCCAAUGUGUCCCUUGCAUUAAUUGUCAUAACCAAAUAAAUCCAUUUUAUGACCCAACCCAAUCCUCCACCUUCACCACCAUCGAAUGCAUAUCCAACUAUUGUACCCAACUCCCUCGAUUUGGUUGCUCUUCUACCUUCACCUGUCUCUACGAGGUAAGAUAUGCUGACCGUAGUUUUACUAAAGGUUCCCUCAUUAAUGACACCUUAAAAUUCUCCAAUGAUAAUAUACCAAAUUUCCACUUUGGCUGUGGAGAUAAUAACACUGGUCCUUAUGGACACAUGGAUGGGUUCUUGGGCCUUGGCCGUGGGACUCUUUCAAUUAUUUCCCAAACAUCUAUGUAUAAUAAUAUAUUCGCAUAUUGUCUACCAUCAGGGGCUGACAAAGUUGGAUAUCUCGAACUAGGUAGUCCAGGUAUUGAUGUAAAGUACACACCAAUGCUAACAAACCCAAAAUUGCCAUCCUUAUAUUUCCUCAAUCUCACUGCCAUUUUUAUUUGGGGUGAAAGGCUUGACCUUCCACCUACUAUAUUUAGUAGCCCUAGAACUAUUUUGGACUCUGGCACAUCAUUUAGUCACUUGCCACCCACUACCUACUUCGCCCUACGUAGAAUUUUUAGAAAAAAAUGGUCCAAUUAUCCGAUGGCACCACCAAUAUUUAAACUUGACACAUGCUAUGACCUCACUAACUUCAAGCAGGUGCUGAUUCCAGAUAUUUCUUUUGUCUUUGAAGGCGAAGUGGUAGUUAACUUGGAUUUCUCAGGGAUAAUUUAUCAUGCCAGUAAAUCUCAAUGGUGCUUAGCAAUAGUUAACAAUGAGGAUGAUAAUAAGCUUGUCAUUAUUGGUAGUAUUCAGCAACGCAGGAUCGAUGUAGUCUAUGAUGUGGGGAACUCACAAAUUGGCUUUAGGGCUAGUGGUUGUAGCUAG